AUGCCUCCGGCUAUCAAUUAUUCGGUGAAUUCACUUCAAUACGCACAGACCAAUACAUAUCGCGUCGCGUGCAAACACGUAUCUAAGGUGAUCUGCCACCGCCUUCACAACGAUGAGGAGCAGUAUCUCGUUGGCUGGAAGACUCCAAAAGAUCCCUUGGUGCCGCCAGGGGCAAUAUGCUCAUGGCAUGGCCUGGCGGAAUUGAGUGCCAGCCUCCAUCAUGUGCAGCUGUACCUGGAAAGCGUUUCAGCUGGCCGGCGGGUAGAUGGAAAUGGCCAGCCCACAACUCCAGGUCUGAAGCGGAAGUCACCCGACUCAUCAGAUUCGGAUACUCAGAGCGCACCCAACUUUGCCACCUCACUGCGGAAGGACACUCCACUCCCCAGUCGGGAGACUUCUGUAAUUUCCAUUGGCAGCUCCUCUUCGAUAACAACGACAAGUGAAGUCGUUUCACGCACUUUCGAGGUCUACAAUGGUAUACUGCAGAGAAAGGAAGGUAAAAUCCUGGCAAAGAAGUCACGCGACGAGGGCAUCGUCAAGCGUAAUGCAGCUAACCUACCAGAUGCUCCGAUGCUACAGGCUGCAGCACAUGCGACCACAGCCAUGGCUGAACAGCAGAUUCGCAUAGCUUUCGAGAACAAGCUAGGCCGUCUACGCAAUGUACGCUGGGAGAAUUAUGUCGACAAUACCGCGCCUUCACUAGACUUCACCUUCAUCGACAGUUUCACCUUACGGCCUGGUGUAUAUCGCAGCGAUCCAGAUGCACACGAAGGAUGCCAAUAUCCAUGCAGACAGCACAUGGGCCAGAACAUCGGAUGCGAGUACCCUCGACUGUGUACCUGCCUUGAGUUCGCUGCAGUCAACGAGCCAGAGCUCAAGCGAGAGAACGAGGAACGCUACCAGCAGCAUCUGCAGCAGAAGCAAGAAAAAGGCUACUUUGUGAACACGACAGACCUGCCGAAGCGGUUUCCGUACCAGAAGCCUAACAAGGACAACCCGCACAUGCCCAGCAAGCUACAAACGUUCUAUCUUGAUCAGCGCUAUCCGAUCUAUGAGUGUAACCUGAAUUGCAACUGCGGUUCUGUCUGCAAGAGCCGAGUCGUUCAGAAAGGCCGGAAAGUGCCCUUGGUCAUCUUCAAGACUCCCAAUCGUGGUUGGGGCGUGAAGUGCGACGAGGAGCUCAUCCGGGGCGAGUUCAUCGACACGUACAUUGGCGAGGUGAUCACUAAUGCCGAAGCGGACGUUCGCGAGUCAAAGGCCGGAAAGGACAAGUCAUCAUACCUUUACAGCCUGGAUAAAUUUGUUGGUGAUGCGGAGGACCUGACGCCGGACACCUGCUAUGUCGUAGACGGCCAAUUCAUGGGUGGCCCGACACGUUUCAUCAAUCACAGCUGCGAGCCAAAUAUUCGCCAGUACACAGUCAGCUAUAACAAGCAUGAUCUGCGAGUCUACGAUUUGGCUUUCUUCGCCAUUGAGGAUGUUCCCGCCGGGACGGAGCUCACUUUCGACUAUAUGGAUAAGGAUGAGGAGGAAGAGGAAGAGGUGCUGCGACAACGUGCUGAGGCUGCUGCUGAUCCGAGUAAUGAGGACAAGUUGCCUUGCAAUUGUGGUGCGAAGAAAUGUAGAGGCUAUCUUUGGGUGUGA